AUGCGAGCUUCGGCGGUGGUUUCGUUGCGAUACCCCAACGCCGGCGUGCAGCAGCAGCAGCAGCAGCAAAGCCUGGUCGGUGCGCGUGGUUCCGAUUUUGACUCAGUGUUGCUCUCGCUUGGCAGCGCGUCCUCGGUCCUGCACUGGUUUUGGAAGGGAUGUUACGUCGGCGCUGCAAUGCUGCUGCCAGAGUACAGCAGGGCGAGCGGAGUUGGUGCUGGCGCUACGCCGACCUGGGACAGCUGCUUGUGCUUCCCUCGUCUUGCACUGGUUGGUGGCGAGCGUCGCAUCUCCGUUGUCGAGUUUCACGCCGAGCUGCUUUUGGGCUGCUUUGAGCGGCGGCUGGGCGUGGGUCAGGGCGCGUCGAGUCGACGAGAGCAUGUCGUACCUGGCUCGUCCUCAUCGCACACCAACCCGCUUCCCUUCCCCGCCACACGCCUCUGCACGUCGUUCAUCAUCCCUCCUCGUCCUUCUUCUGCCGACAAACACUUCGUCGCUGGCUCGUCGAAUCGCACUGCUCUACACCAAUCGGCCCUCUCCCUAUUGCCACUGCUAGCUUCUCUUCCUCGUCGCAUCCUCUCCACUCCCGACAUCUUACUCUACCCGCCGACUCGCUUGCCAUCUGCGCCACACUCGUUUCAUCGCGCUCAUUUCACUUCCCAUCCACAGGCCGGCUCUGUGGCUUGCAUGCAUCCCAUUUCCAUCCCGACCGCAUCUCCUGUCAACCCAACAUCCGCCAGCAUCUCUCCGACCACCUUCAUCUCGUCCCUCCCGCGCUCCCACCCUCUCCAUCACCAUCGCAAAACGCUUGGCUCGCCCCCUCAGCUUCGACGUGUUUAG